GAAAAAAAGUUAGCACUCGAAGAAAUCAGAAGGGCAAAGAUUCUCAUCACCAUCCCCACCGUCCAAAACCUAUAAGUCAAAGAGUUCAGUGGGCUCCACUUUACACCCGGUACAGUACGGUACACCCAACUGCGUGAUACAUCGGAGUGUUCCUUAAGCCUAUCUCUCAUUGGACCGUGCAUUUCACUUCCUUUCCCGUGCGUUUGCAUUCUAUUAACCCAUUGGCACCCUCUCUCCAACUAAAAUUUUUGUCACAAAAAAAAAAGAACAAAGAAAAAGUGACUGUAACCCGCUCUUAACUUCUUUAAAUGCAAUCCGAGCUCCGGAUCGCUUAACGGAGCCCCAGCUCAAUUCUUUUUUUUUCCCUCUCUUUUAGAUCUCCGUCCCAUUUUGCUUACUUUUCCCAGAUCUCCAAAAGGAAAAAAAAAAAAAAAAACAAAACAAAAACAGAAAAGAAGAAAUAAUAUAGUUUUUUUCAAAAAUGUCGAAACCCUGGGGUGGCAUCGGCGCGUGGGCCGCCGAGGCCGAGCGAGAAGAAGAGGAGGAACGUGAAGCUGCGGAAGCCGCAGCUGCUGCGCCCACGGCUGAAUCGCAGAGUUUUCCGAGCCUAAGGGAAGCCGUUAGCGCGAAGCCGAAGAAGAAGAAAAUGACUCUCUCGGAGUUCAACAUGGGAACAUAUUCGUCGUCCAGCGGCGUCGGAGUUGGUGGUGGUGAUAGGGCAAUGGAAUACAACAGGCUGACACCCGAAGAGAUGAUGCUUCUCCCGACCCGACCCAAAGAACGUUCCGCCGAGGAAAUGCUGUAUGGUCGUCUCGGAGGUGGGUUUUCCUCUUAUGCGAGGUCUGGUCCACCAGCGGCUCGGGUUAUGCGUGACGGUGACGACAGAGACAAGUCAUGGGGCUCCGGAAGGACGUCGUACGGAGGUUUUGAUGAAGAACGACGGGGUCCCCCUUCUAGGUUUUCUGAUUACGAUCAGCCUUCGCGUGCCGAUGAGGCGGAUAAUUGGGCAAUGGCAAAGAAAGCGAUUCCUUCGUUUGAUUCGGGCCGACAAAAUCGAUACGAUGGGCUUGGAACUGGAGGUGGUGGUGGUGGUGGAAUCUCUAUGGCCGAUGAGGUUGAUAAUUGGACAGCUGGAAAACGGACAAUUCCAGCUCGAUCUUCAAUGUUUGGUUCCGGUUUUCGUGACCCUAGACCGGAGACUGGUAGAUGGACCCGAGGUGGUGAUGGGGGUGGAUUCAGAGAGGAAAGGCCUAGAUUAGUGUUGGAUCUACCUAGAGGGGAAGUGAAUGAGCCAGUGGUUAAGACAAAUAAGCGGAAUCCUUUCGGGGAAGCGAGGCCUAGGGAAGAGGUGUUGGCGCAGAAAGGAUUGGAUUGGAAGAAGCUGGAUUCUGAGAUUGAAGCAAAGAAGGCAAUUAGUAGGCCUACCAGCUCUCACUCCAGCAGGCCAUCAAGUUCACAAUCCAGCAGGUCCGAAGGUCCCCAGCAGCAAGGGAUUGAAAAUGUAGUGAAGCCGAGGCCAAAGGUGAAUCCGUUUGGAGAUGCUAAGCCUAGAGAAAUUUUGCUAGAGGAGCGGGGUCAGGAUUGGCGUAAAAUUGAUCUUGAACUGGAACGUCGCAGGAUGGACAGGCCAGAAACAGAGGAGGAAAAGAUACUGAAAAAAGAAAUAGAUAAUCUAAAGGAGCUUGAGAAAAAUUCAACACCAAAAGCAGAAUCUGCUGGAGACCAACCCAUUUUAUAUGGCACUCUACUUCACAAAGAAAGGGAAUUAGAGACACUUAUCCAAGAUUUGAAUGACAAAGUUAGAUUUGGGCCAAAAGCUGUUGAAAGGCCUGGUUCUGGAUCUGGCAUGAUUGGCAGCUUCCCUGAUAGACCACCUUCUCAGUCUGGGUCAAUUGAUGGCUCUAGAAGUGUGGAGUUCAUGGAUAGGCCUAGAUCUCGUGGCACUGCAGAUGCAUGGACAAGGCCUGGUGAUGACCGAAGAGGAUUUCAGGGAGGAUUUCAAGGUGGCUGGGAUAGAGGAUUUCUGGGAAACAGAGAUUUGGAUAGGUCAAGAUCAAGGGAGAGAUGGUGAACCACAAUUGGCAAUGGUUUUUUAAAUUCUGUCCUCCACUUGUGACCACCUAGACUGAUAAUAUUUUGUCGACUCACUUCUUUUUAAUUGUUCUCUUCUUUUGCUCUGGUAAAGUGGAGCAAGAAUUCUUGAGUAUUGGAACAGGGAACUCCGACAUAAUCUAUUGUUACAUCUUGAAACUAUGUAAAAUGGCCAUUCCACUACCUUUUUUAACCCUCUUCUUUCUCUUGGCCUUCUUUUGGUUUUGUAAAGCAAGGAGCCUAUAUUUCUGGACUCAAAUUUUGUGUAACAAACAUUGUGGGAUUCACCAGUUUAUUGUUGAGAUUCCUUUCGAAUGUUUUAUUGUACAGAUAAUCUGGUGUAUUGUUC